GUGACCGGAAGCGACUGUGGUUCUCAGUAGUUGUUGUCAGGAGGAUCUCAAUGCUCUUUGCCGGAGGCGUUUCGUGGUGAUGAGGCCCUGGGGGAGGGUAGGUACCUGGGAAUGGAACUGCUGGAUCAUAUGGUGACUCUGUUUCUUGGAGUCUCUGUGGAGCCCCUGGACCAGACCCCAUAGUGAAGCCUACAGCAUCUUCCUUCUGGCCCCAGCAGCUCUGGUUGAGUCCAUGGACCCUGCCUGGCCUUAGGCUUCUGGGAGAAGCUGAGCUGUCAGCAAGAGAGCCUGAGGGCUGAGGCCCAGAGUGAAAAUGCCAGCCAACCAGAGCUCUCCCCAGUGGUCCUUGGCCCUGACUGCAGGAGGAAGAGACAACUCCUGUGAGGUCUCGGUGUCAUUUGAGGAUGUGGCUGUGGACUUCAGCAGGGAAGAAUGGCAGCAACUGGACUCUACUCAGAGACGCCUGUACCAGGAGGUGACGCUGGAGAACUAUAGCCACCUGCUCUCAGUGGGGUGUGAAGUUCCCAAACCAGAGGUCAUCUUCAAGUUGGAGCAAGGAGAGGAUCCAUGGAUGUUGGAGGGGGAAACCCCACAUCAAAGCUGUUCAGAUGGGAAGUUUGGGAUUAAUACCUCACAAAAAAGAAUUUCUGGGAAAGCUUCAUUUCAUAAUGAAAUGGAGGGUGAAGAUAUAAGAGAUGAUUCAUUGUAUUCAAUUUUAGAACUGUGGCAAGAUGCUGAACAGAUAAAAAGAUAUCAGGAAAAACCGAACAAACCUGUGAGUCAUGCUACUUUUGUCAAUAAGAAAGUAAUGAAUACAGAGUGGCAUCAUGAAUAUAAAGACAGUGGAAAAUUUGUUCAUCCAAGCCCAAAUCAUAUUAUUGCCUCACGGAAAAGAUCCCAAAAAUGUGACUCAUUUGAAAAGAGUUUCAAGCAUAAUUUAGAUUUACAUAUUAAUACUAAAGACAAAGCAACAAAUAACUUUGAUAAAACUAUUGGACACAGUCAAGUUUUCACCCAGAGUUCUUCUUAUACUAACCAUGAAAAUAUGCAUACAGGAGUGAAAUUCUGUGAAAGUAAUCAGUGUGGAAAAGUCCUCAACCUCAGUAACAAUCUGAAAUUUCCUGUUGGGGAAAAAACAAAUAUGUGUACUGAACUUGGGAAGAUAUUCACCCAGAAGUCACCCCUCUUUGCAUCUCAGAGAGUUCAUGCUAUGGAAAAACCUCAUGAACUUAGCAAAUGUGUAAAUGUUUUUACACAGAAGCCACUACUCAGUAUAUAUCUGAGAGUUCAUAGAAAUGAAAAACUAUAUAUAUGUACUGAAUGUGGGAAGGCAUUCAUCCAGAAUUCAGAAUUAAUUAUGCAUGAAAAAACUCACACUAGAGAAAAACCCUAUAAAUGCAGUGAAUGUGGAAAAUCAUUUUUCCAGGUGUCAUCUCUACUUAGGCAUCAGACUACUCAUACUGGAGAAAAGCUUUAUGAAUGCAGUGAAUGCGGGAAAGGCUUCUCCCUGAACUCAGCCCUCAAUGUACAUCAGAAAAUUCAUACUGGAGAGAGACACCACAAAUGCAGUGAGUGUGGGAAAGCCUUUACCCAAAAAUCAACACUCAGGAUGCAUCAGAGAAUUCACACAGGAGAGAGAUCCUAUAUAUGUACUGAAUGUGGGCAGGCCUUUAUCCAGAAGGCCCACUUGAUUGCACAUCAAAGAAUUCAUACUGGAGAGAAGCCUUAUGAAUGCAGUGACUGUGAAAAAUCUUUCCCUUCUAAGUCACAACUCCAGAUGCAUAAGCGAAUUCACACAGGAGAGAAACCCUAUGUAUGCACUGAAUGUGGGAAGGCCUUCACCAACAGGUCAAAUCUUAAUACUCACCAGAAAUCUCAUACUGGAGAGAAGUCUUACAUAUGUGCUGAAUGUGGGAAGGCCUUCACUGACAGGUCAAAUUUCAAUAAGCACCAGACAAUUCAUACUGGAGAGAAACCCUAUGUUUGUGCUGAUUGUGGGAGGGCCUUUAUCCAGAAGUCAGAGUUAAUUACACAUCAGAGAAUUCACACUACAGAGAAGCCUUAUAAAUGUCCUGACUGUGAGAAAUCCUUCUCCAAGAAACCACAUCUUAAAGUACAUCAACGAAUUCACACAGGAGAGAAACCAUAUAUAUGUGCAGAAUGUGGGAAAGCCUUCACUGACAGGUCAAAUUUCAAUAAACACCAGACAAUUCAUACUGGAGAUAAACCUUAUAAAUGCAGUGACUGUGGAAAGGGCUUCACUCAGAAAUCGGUUCUGAGUAUGCAUCGUAAUAUUCAUACAUGA